CGGCGCAAAGAGAGUAAUAUCCCAUCCCUAUUUCGAGAUAAUGCAAUAUUUUGUAUUUACGUGUAAGAAUUAUGAAUCGUUAGAACGGAAUCGACAAUGAUUGUGUUACUUCUCUGGUUGUUGCUAUCACUUGUGCUAGUGGCCGUACUCUCAUUUAUUUCCCUGAAGCAAUGGUUGCUAAGCCGGAAAAAGAAGUUACACACAUCCUCUGAAAAUGGCAUUAACGUUGGCAUUUUCCAUCCGUACUGUAAUGCGGGUGGCGGAGGUGAACGUGUCUUAUGGUGCGCCGUAAAGGCCCUGCAGGAAAAGUACCACAACGCCAAGGUGGUAAUUUACACUGGCGAUAUAGACGCCUCUCCCAAUGCCAUACUGCAAAAGGCCAAGAAUGUUUUCAACAUUGCCGUUGAUAGCGACAAUGUGAAGUUCGUGUUCCUCAAGCAACGCCACUGGAUCGAGGCGAAAAACUAUCCCCACUUUACGCUGCUGGGCCAGAGUAUUGGAUCGAUGGUCCUGGGUCUGGAGGCGCUCUGCAAGUUUCCGCCAGACAUCUUCAUCGACACCAUGGGAUAUGCCUUCACGUUCCCCCUCUUUCGCUAUUUGGCCCAGUCCAAAGUGGGCUGCUAUGUGCACUAUCCGGUUAUCAGCACGGAUAUGCUAAAGAGGGUUCAGCAGCGGCAGAUGUCGCACAACAACAAGAAAUACGUGGCAAGGAAUCCGUUCCUGACCUGGACUAAACUGACCUACUAUAGGCUGUUCUCAAGGAUGUACAAGUGGGUUGGUUGCUGCGCCGAGACUAUUAUGGUCAACUCCUCGUGGACUGAAAAUCAUAUUCUGCAGCUGUGGGAAGUGCCCUUCAAGACCCACCGGGUGUAUCCUCCGUGCGAGGUGACCCACCUGAAAAACCUCCAGCACACGGGAAAGGGCGAGGAAUUUAUCAUCCUAUCUGUAGGACAAUUCCGUCCGGAGAAAGAUCACCCCCUCCAACUGCAAGCUGUAUACGAACUGCGGACUCUUUUGGCCCACGAGGAGGCUCUUUGGAACAAGAUAAAGUUGGUCAUUGUGGGCUCCUGUCGCAAUGAAGAGGACUAUGAUCGGUUAAAGAAUAUGCAAGACCUGACCAAGCACCUAUCGCUCGAAAACAAUGUUCAAUUUAAGGUGAAUGUCCCCUACGAUGAUCUGCUUAAAUUGUAUCAAGCCGCGAACAUUGGAAUACACACCAUGUGGAAUGAGCACUUCGGGAUCGGAAUAGUUGAAUGCAUGGCGGCAGGCCUUAUAAUGGUGGCUCAUAGGUCGGGAGGUCCCCUGCUUGACAUCGUCGAAACCUCUGAGGGAAGUCAAAACGGAUUCCUCGCUACUGACGCAGUGGAAUACGCAGAGAAUAUAUUAAAUAUCAUUGUUAACAACGAAGACAUGAACGGAAUCCGAAGUGCAGCAAGAGCUUCUGUUGAAAGGUUUUCUGAGCAAGAGUUUGAAAAAAACUUUUUGCGAGCUGUUUCAACAUUAUUUACAAACGUUUAAAAGAGAAUAAAUUAAUCUGCA